AUGCGGCAAGCAUGCGCCGAGCACUCUUCAACCGGAAAACUGCGCACAACGUACAAUGUUGAUAAGGCUACCGAUGUUGACACUGCUGCUGUUACUACUAGUGUUGAUAAGGCUACCGAUGUUGACACUGCUGCUGCUAGUACUAAUGUUGAAAAGGCUACCGAUGUUGACACUGCUGCUGUUACUACUAGUGUUGAUAAGGCUACCGAUGUUGACACUGCUGCUGCUACUACUAGUGUUGAUAAGGCUACCUAUGUUGACACUGCUGCUGCUAGUACUAAUGUUGAAAAGGCUACCGAUGUUGACACUGCUGCCGCUACUACUAGUGUUGAUAAGGCUACCGAUGUUGACACUGCUGCCGCUAGUACUACUGUUGAUAAGGCUACCGAUGUUGACACUGCUGCUGUUACUACUAGUGUUGAUAAGGCUACCUAUGUUGACACUGCUGCUGCUAGUACUAAUGUUGAUAAGGCUACCUAUGUUGACACUGCUGCCGCUACUACUAGUGUUGAUAAGGCUACCGAUGUUGACACUGCUGCUGCUAGUGCUAAUGUUGAAAAGGCUACCGAUGUUGACACUGCUGCUGCUACUAAUGUUGAAAAGGCUACCGAUGUUGACACUGCUGCUGCUGCUAGUGCCAAUGUUGAAAAGGCUACCGAUGUUGACACUGCUGCUGCUACUAAUGUUGAAAAGGCUACCGAUGUUGACACUGCUGCUGCUGCUACUAAUGUUGAUAAGGCUACCGAUGUUGACGCUGCUGCUGCUAAUGUUGAAAAGGCUACCUAUGUUGACACUGCUGCUGCUACUACUAAUGUUGAUAAGGCUACCGAUGUUGACACUGCUGCCGCUAGUACUAGUGUUGAAAAGGCUACCGAUGUUGACACUGCUGCUGCUACUACUAAUGUUGAAAAGGCUACCGAUGUUGACACUGCUGCUGCUAAUACUAAUGUUGAUAAGGCUAUCGAUGUUGACACUGCUGCUGCUAGUUCUAAUGUUGAAAAGGCUACCUAUGUUGACACUGCUGCUGCUACUAAUGUUGAAAAGGCUACCGAUGUUGACACUGCUGCUGCUAGUACUAAUGUUGAUAAGGCUACCGAUGUUGACACUGCUGCCGCUACUACUAGUGUUGAUAAGGCUACCGAUGUUGACACUGCUGCUGCUAGUGCUAAUGUUGAAAAGGCUAUCGAUGUUGACACUGCUGCCGCUAACGUCGGUGAUGACGAUAAGGACGCUGAUAGUGAUGUUGAUGGUGAUGACGACGACAAGGACGCCAAUAGUGAUGCUGCUGAUGAUGACGACGGUGCCGAUGAUGACGAUAAGGACCCUGAUAGUGAUGUUCGUGACGAUCACAAUGACGUCAAAGACGCUGAUGAUGACGUCAAAGACGCUGAUGAUGACGACGACAAGGACGCCGAUGAUGACAAGGACGCCGAUGUGAUGCUGUUAAUGAUUACGAUGACGACCAGGACGCUAAAGAUGACAAUAUGGACGCUGAUGGUGAUGUUGAUGAUGAUCGCGAUGACGACGAGGAUAAUAAUAACAAUAGUGACGCCCAUAAUGAACAGCAAUAGAACCGUUUUUUUCAAUCGUUGA